UAUUACCAAUCUUUACAUUCUUUGAUACCUACCAGCAUUUUUGUAACCAUGGCAGAGAAUUCACUGUCAGAACAAUUCUCCUUGAGGUGGAACAAUUUUUCUAGCAAUUUGACAUCUGGCUUCUUGACACAUUUUACAGAGAAUGAUUUAGUUGAUGUUACCCUUGCCGUAGAGGGUCAUCUGUUACAGGCACACAAGCUUGUGCUUUCAGUAUGCAGUCCAUAUUUUAAAAAUAUAUUCAAGGAAAACCCUUGCCAGCAUCCAGUGAUCAUACUUAAAGACAUGAAGUAUACUGACAUUGAGUCAUUGUUAAAAUUUAUGUACCAAGGUGAAAUAAAUAUAAAACAAGAGGAUUUGUCUACUUUCUUGAAAGUGGCACAAACAUUGCAAAUUAGAGGAUUAGCAACAGACGAUACAAGUACCACAAAAUUGUUUUCCAAUAGUGAUGGUCAAUUAAAGACGGAUUCUAGUGCCCAAAAUGUUAUUCAGUCGCAUUUAAAUACAAUAACUAAAACCUCAAAAGAUGUGGAAAUGAUAGAUAGAAGGAAAAGGUCUCGUGACAUAAUGAAAAAGAAUACAAAAAAGAAAAAACACGAUACUUCAACUGUAUCGGAGAACAUUCAUGAUUUGUCGAAUGAAGAGGUAGACGAUGACAACCAGGAAGUUUUAUUUUUAAUGAAUAAAGAUCUAAGUGAGUUUGUACACGAGGACGAAGAUACGAAUAUUCCCACUGCAAAGGACAAUGAUAAUAAUAAAAAAAUGGCCUUGUUUGAACAAACUAAUGCACAGACUUCGAGAGAAAAUCCUGUGCCACAAGCUGAUGAACCAGUAAUUUACCGACUUUCCGCUCGAGGCCGACCGCAACUAGUGCACGAGGGCUAUGUCUAUAAUUUAACGUCUCGUUCAGAAGGUUUAAACAGAUCUCAUUAUCGAUGCGCAGAGCAACAUCGCGGGUGUAAAGGUAAAUGCGCAGUGAUCGCGGAGAGAUUUAUGCCCACAGGUGUACACGAUCAUAAUCAUCCACCUGGAUAUCAAUCGGAACAUGAUUAUCGGAAAAAGAAAGGCUUGGAUACAGACACUCCUUAA